GCUUACUGUAAAAUAAGUGCACUGUAUUGGUGAAAAGCUAAGUAUUUCAAACUACUGCAGAGUAGUGGUAUUGUAGGGCUGGUAUUGCUCAAUGAAGUUGGUGGUUUUUGUGCAAGUGACUCUGAAAGGAGAAGGGAAACGUUUUAACAAACGGUUUUGCAGCUGACCUGUGGACACAUUCACUGGUGUCUGGUGGAAUGGACUUCUGUCACUUCGGCUUAUGAAACACAUUUGUGGUCCUAUCUUGCAAAUAAGGGUUUGCCUCCUAUUUAAUAAUAUACAGUGGAUGGUAGGAAGUCUGCAAAUCAUGUUUUUGGAGCAAAGCUUUAGUUAUAUUAGUUAUAUUAUAUUAGAAUCAGUUAAACAUUUGUUAUAAAUAAAUAGACCUCAAAUUGUAAUAAUGCUACAAGAAAAAACUAAAUAUUUUUUUAAUACGUUUUCAUUAUUCUAAAAUAAGAAAACAGUUCCAAAAAGCAUAUCUUUGUGUUCAAUUUGUAUUUAAUAGAAAUAGUUUCUGUACCUGAAGAAGUUCAUAUCUGCAUAUGCAUUGACAGGAUAUGACCUUUAUUACUAAUUUUAGCUGUACUGAUGUGGAAAUAUAUGAUUUAGACUCAAGAUGGAGCAUGUGACAUGCGGUUACUUAUUGUAAGUAGAAAAAUGCUCAAAAUAAUGCUUGCUCAUCAAUUAAUGGUUUUACUUAACAUACAACAUAAUUAUGCCUACAGCUAUUGCCAAGUUUUGUGUCACCUAGACUUAGAAAUUUUAUUAAACAUCAUGUAAUCAAAGAUUACAAUAAUUAUAUUGCAAAUGUUUAUCGGAAGCCAGUCAGUUUUUCGUUAAGUAUAUAUGAAAACUACAAAGCAGUAUUUGGAGUAGUGGUUAGGGCUCUGGACACUUGCCCGGAGGGUCGUGGGUUCAAUCCCAGGUAGGGGACACUGCUGCUGUACCCUUGAGCAAGGUACUUUACCUAGAUUGCUCCAGUAAAAACCCAACUGUAUAAAUGGGUAAUUGUAUGUAAAAAUAAUGUGAUAUCUUGUAACAAUUGUAAGUUGCCCUGGAUAAGGGCGUCUGCUAAUAAAUAAAUAAUAAUACUAUGUUAAUAUAACAUUAUUCAGCAGGUUUCGUCUGACUUUAUGAAGCAACAUUUGUUAAUUCUGUAGUGAUGCAAACCAUUUGGCCAAAGCUGUAUAUGGAAGCAAGUUUUCUGGGAAAUUAAACAAUUGUAACGGUAUAAAACUAGCAAGACACUAUAUUCUGUAGUUACAGGAAGGAAUGCUUAAACUAUUCUGGCUAGUUUUAUACUGUUAAAAUGAUUGUAUUAUUUUUUGAAGAUUUGCCUUUUUCCUUGAUUUCUAAAUAGAUCCUCAAAUGGUCUAUUACAAUAGGCCUACUCAAUGUCUUGUGAUUUUAAUAUUGUGUGUUCUACACUUGCAGGGAAUAUCUUUUAGAAAGUUGACUUGAUGUGACCAGCUUUUACUAGUACCUACUAUACUGAAUGAUGAUUUUCACUGAACAUUAAAGGACGUAUUGUAUUCUACAACUGUGGCAACUAUGGCAGCAAAAUCCUCCCUGCUCAAAGUAAUUUUGUUAGGAGAUGGCGGAGUUGGGAAGAGCUCCCUCAUGAACAGAUACGUGACCAACAAAUUCGACACGCACCUGUUCCACACCAUUGGCGUGGAGUUCCUAAACAAGGACUUGGAAGUAGACGGACACUUUGUCACCAUGCAGAUCUGGGACACUGCCGGACAAGAACGGUUCAGGAGCCUGAGGACUCCUUUCUACCGUGGCUCUGACUGCUGCCUCCUCACAUUCAGCGUGGAUGACAGCCAGAGCUUUCAAAACAUCAGCAACUGGAAAAAAGAGUUCAUGUACUACGCUGAUGUCAAGGAACCAGAGAGCUUCCCCUUCGUGGUCCUGGGAAAUAAGGUGGAUGUUGCAGAGAGGCAGGUGUCUUCAGAGGAGGCCCAGACGUGGUGCAGAGAAAACGGCAACCACCCCUAUUUCGAAACGAGCGCCAAGAAUUCCACCAACGUUGCAGUAGCCUUUGAGGAGGCGGUCCGCAGAGUUUUGGCCACAGAGGACCGGACGGACCAUCUGAUCCCUACAGACACUAUAAACCUCCAUAGGAAGCCCAAGUCAAGCUCUUCCUGUUGUUGACUAUUUAUUUAUCACUUUGGUGUGCCGUGGAAGUUCAAAUGCAUAGACUGCUAUAAAAAAAAAGGGGGGGGGUGGGGUACAGAAACCCUCAUACAUUGUCCUCUAGCUUAACACUCCCUUUAUCAAAAGCCAUUUUAUAAUGCUGAACAUUGGCAACCUUAUGUAUCAGCCUGCAGGUAUGAUUUCUGAGUGAAGCAGAUUACCUUGAAAAUAGUCUCUUGAUGGCAGAACACUUUUUUUUUUUUUUUUUCUUCAAUUGGGUAAAAGUAAAAAACAUAUAAAAAAAGUGCCAACUACAAAAAAAUGUUAGACUACAAUUAUCUUAUGUAAUUGUUCUGUUGCCACUUAAGUUUUAAAUCUAACGAUCUAGAAGUAACUGUCAAUGGAGAGGACUUAAAUACUAAAAGCACUACUACUAAUAUUACUAUGUCAGAAUUUUCAGAAAUGAAAAAGAAAGUGGUUUACAAAUCUGACAAUGGCAAUAAGUUUGUUUUUUGUAAAACACUUCACUUGAAUCUUGCCUCUGUAUUAAUCUGAGAUAGUAAUAACCUGCUUUAACAGAUUGUAUAAAGCUCUAAUAGACUUCAAAUCCUGAUUAAACUUGUGGUGCCUGAAUUGUCUGUCCUAUAAGCUCUAAUUAUAUUUUCAUGAUAACCAAGGG